UCUUGUAUGGAAAGAAAUGGAAUUCUGAAUUCUGAUACGGAAAGGAGAAUAUUGGAUUCCUCAGAGGAUGGGCGGCCGAGGUCGAAAGAAGAAUCGGGCGGCCGACGGGAAGAAUUUGCCGGUGGCGCCGCCGAGGGAAGAUCAGAAUUGUUUCACCGAGCCGAGGGUUGUUGAAGAUCAGAAUCGUUUUCCCCCCCAAAAAAGCAAAAUUGACGAUCAGAAUUGGAGAGCCCUAUGCGGUCUCCGAUUAGUUGCAAAGAUCGAUGGCAGAGUAUACGUCCUCCACGGAGAUCAUUGCUACAUGAAGCCGGCAUUGCCGAGCGAUUCCCAGCAACUGCUUCGUGGUUUUGGACCAAAAGGAUGA